CUUUGCGGAUGCAGCUGCUGAAUUUUUUUCCAAAUGGGCACGAGGCCGUCAAAACACGAUUCUCAAGUUUUAACCCUUGAAUUUUAGUUGACUGCCUUCAGGACCCCAACUGGUUUGAUUCGAAAAGGGGAUUAUUUAUAAACGAAGAUUUCGCGUUCAUUUCCAGGCCUGUAAACAGCUGUUUGCUCCCUUUGCUUCCAUUCAAAGAGUGCAAGAUGGUAAUUUGACGGGAGGAGUUUUACUAUUUUUUGCCAGAAAAGUUCAAAUUUUUUUAAAAUAAAGCUGAGAAAUUAUUGCACUUGGCAUCAGAAGUUUAAGGGACUAAGAGGAAAUUUGAUUAUGUAUGUAAAGAGAAAGGAAUUACAGCUUUUAGAAGGAGAAGAAGUAACUAGACCCCAUACAGUUGAAUAUUUCGCCCGGAAAAUAACGCCAUUCUUUUGGAAAAACAUUGAAGAUGGACUUGCAACUUGGCAACUCGAAAAUAAAGGGUCAAAACUGAACUGAAAUGUUACGAAACCAACUGAAGGUGAGGAAGGUUCGACAGGAGACGAAAUGGGGUUUAGUUGGAAGAAGCGACGUUGAUCCAGUGCAAAACAUGAGCUCACAAAAACGAUGUGAAUUCAGGAACUGAAGAAAUUCAGAAUGAUUUCUUCUGCUCUGGUUAAACCUCUAAAACAGCUCUAAAGAAAGCAGUUCUUCAACAUUGGAAGUUGUUCACAAAACCAAAGCUUAGAAAAGUAAAAAGCAAUUUUAUCGACAAAAAUUCCGCCAAAAACGUACAAAAAGAACGUUUACUUUCAUUCAAAGAACACCAUUCUUCACCUAACUAUCACCAGGUUUCCCCAUUAUUGCCCAAACCAGUUUGUCGCUUUUGACUCCAACGUCACACACUCAAUGAAAGCUUCCUUUUUAUUUCCCAAUAAACCAAGAUGCCCUUAGUGAAUCCGCUUGCAAAGACCGACAUCUACGGCUUCCAAACCCUUCAUCGGGAAAUCGGCUACUAUAUUUCCAAACUUGAACAAUACGACAAGUCGUUGAAGUUCUUUGAUGAAGCCAUCAAGAAAACCCCGGACGAUAAGCGCGCCCUUAUUGGAAGAUCCAGAGCCAGAUCGAAGGUGAUUCAAUAUGAAGGUGCUUUGGAGGACGUAAAUCGGGCCCUCAGCUUGGACCCCGAUGACUUGGUGGUUCUGGCUGAUCGAGCCCUGAACACCUAUUUAUGUUGCGAGUUUGAAGAAGGCUUGGUGAAGAACAUGCGGAUGCUGCCAAAGCGGCAAAAGCCAGAUAAUUUCAAAAUGGGAGUGAUGCAAUGCUCGGAUGCUAUCGAGAAUUGUCUGGGCGAUCGAGCUGGGAAGCCGCUGAGGGACCAUUUCCAGAUCAUCCGAAGACUGGCAUGGAAGAAGAACUACGCGGCCCAGAAGCCGUUUGAGCCCAAACCCACCAACAUGCCCAAAAGGCGGAAGAAGAUCAUGCUGUCCAAGUUGCUGGAAGUGGAGGGAGUGAAGGAACCAGUCCAGCCCAAGCACAUGAAGAGACAAGUGCAGAGUAAAGCGCUAGCAACUGCAACCACGCGAUUUCCAGAGCUCUUAACUUAUUUUCAGCUCCCGGAUGCAAAUAAGCUUUUGAACAUCCGCGACUCUCUCCACUCUGUCCAGCCGGACAACGAGCCAAUCCCAAAGUGCAGCAAACCAUUCCCGUUUCGUCCUCUGCAGCACCACACUACUAACAUCGAGAAUUAUAUGGCGGAAAAGUACUUGGACGCCAUGUAUUUGGACAAGAUUUUCCUGAAGAAGCUCCAGAAGGAACCAGGCGCCAAAAGCCCCAAUAAGGAGGGCACCAAAAAGAUCCAUCAACUAGCCAAGAACUGCUUUAAAAAUGUGUCUUACAAGCAGGAGCUGCUGAGAACCAGACGGCCCUUCUAUUUCAUCAAGUACCAAGAAGCGAGAGUCUCAGGGGCGCUGAAAGAACGCCAGAAGUGCGAGCUGGCAAAUCAACAGCAGCAAGUUAAGAACGAAGCGGAUAUAUUGAGCUCCAAAAUGCUGGAGGCGUUUGAAAGGAAGGAUCUGAGGACGUUACUCGAUGUAGUGGAGAAACUGAAGCGGUUCUGCGACACCAAACCCACAACAAUGCUGCCGACCAAGAGCGACUACAUGAAGGAAAUCUACGACAAGGUUUGCAGCGCCUUCUACGACAUGUACAGAGUGAACAAGGACCAUUCGCAGUUCCAACAAACCAAGCGGAUAUACUGCAUGUUGGGCAUGCAUCUAAGUCGGCCUCCCUCUGCCGAUUCCGUGGUCGAUCAGUUCAAGAACGUCUUUCUGGACUACAAGAAGAAAAUCAAUGACUUUUCGCUGCGGCUGGAAAAUGCCACCACUGAGGAGGAAGUCUGUUGGUACUACCAUGAAUUAUCCAGGUUCGAAUAUGAAAGUAGCCACUACGAUCUAUCGCGCCUCUAUGCGAAAAAGUGCAUUAAAGAGGCCCACCAGCUGGGCAAUGAAAAGUGGGUGUUCAACAGCACAAUGAUGAUGCUGAAGAACAACCUGGCCGAACACAAUAAGAACGAUGCCAAGAACGAUCUGGUGGUGGCGAUGAAUUGCGUGCAGAAGCUGCAGGAUCCGGACAAAAUCGACUUCAUUGAAAAAUGCCUAGAUGUGGUGGAACAUGUGGAGUUUGAGGACUUGUUCGGGAGCAAGCAGCUAGAGAAGCGGGAGAACCGGAUCAUCCAGAUGAUGACCAGCUCGAAGAUGAAGGAUGAGGUGGCGCAUCUGUUCAGGCAAAUGGCUGCAAUGCCGGCGUCGAGGAGAAUGACCGUAAUGCCGGGCGUGAGGGUGGAGAACAAAGGCACCCAAAGAGUCUCUGCAAAGGCCCGAACCAUGUCGAUAAUGCCCGCUUCCAGAGAGAAUGAGAUGCCGCCUACUAAAGCCAAAAGUGGGCUAAAGGAGAUCUUCGACCUGCAUGUUUGAGUUGCAGGCUUCAACCAGAAGCAAAUAGGGGCCAAACGGGGGGUCGACCCAAAUUCGAUAUGUCCAAUGUGUGGUACAUAUUGUUAAGCCAACGAGUUGCGGAUAUGUGUUUUAGGAAAUAGAUAUUUGAGACGAUGGAA